CCGCCAAAACGCACAGCCGCAUCCAAUCACCUCUCUGUGCACCUAACCCGUGUCGUGCCGAGUCCUUUAUCGAUAGCCAGCACAACAUCCAACCGACCGACCGACCGACCGACCGCAUCUGCGUAUGGACCCCCUAUCGCCCUGGACCCCCAUCGCUCGUGUUUACGCGUCCACCCGCUCCCGGACCCGUCGACAAAAAACAAUUUCACCCCCCCCCCGGCCCAGUCGUCCGAGCUCCUGCAGGGACCCGACUUGCGAGCGGACGUCGCGCGCCGACAGCAGAAGCCCCCCCCCCCUGCGCAUAGAGAACGUCCCUCCGCCUGCCCCCGGCAGACAGGCCCGCCCGGGCAAGACAGACAGAGAGCGCGCCGCGCCGCGAUGCUACACCUCGGGCCCCGCGGCGCGCAGCGGGGCCUCGCGGCGGCGGCGGGCAGCAGGCGCCCAGGCUGCGGGCGCGCGGGCCUCCUCGCGCCGCCGGCGGCGCUGUCUCCCGCGACCCGCGGCGCGUGGCGCCGCGCCAGCGCCCUCGCCCCCCCCCCGGACCCCCCGGACCCCCCGCGCCGCCGGCGCCGGCGCGGGCUCUACUACGGCGCCGCGUUCGCGGCGCUGGGCUUCGCGCUGGGGCUCACGGUGCGGCUGACGAUGGCGCCGCUGGCGGAGCCGGCCGCGGGGACGGCCGCGGACGCGCGCCUGGUGGCGCGGAUCGCGGCGGAGGCGGCCGCGCUGCCCGUGGUGCGCGCGCUGGAGGCCGACGCCGCGUGGCGGAGCUGGGACGCGUACGCGGGGAUCGCGUCGGCGCCGGGGGGCGGGCCCGCCGCGCUGCGCUCGCGCCUCACCUCCGGCCCGCUCGCCGGCUCCCGCGGCCUCCCCUACCAGCGCGUCUUCCACCGCCCCGCCACCGGCGACGUCGUCGCCGUCGUCUACUUCGGCCUCGCCACCGCCGGCUGGCCCGGCGUCGUCCACGGCGGCGCCCUCGCCACCGUCCUCGACGAGUCCCUCGGCCGCUGCGCCAUCCUCCGCUUCCCCGCCCGCACCGGCCUCACCGCCCGCCUCGACCUCGACUACCGCGCCCCCGCCAUGACCAACCUCUUCUACGUCGUCCGCACCCGCCCCGUCCCCCCGCCCGCCCCCGCUCCCGGCGCUGACCCCGACGCCGAGCGCGCCAAGAGCGACCGCAAGAUGUGGGUCGAGGGCACCCUUGAGACCGCCGAGGACGGCAAGGUCUGCGUCGAGGCCAAGGCCCUCUUCGUCGUCCCCAAGGGCGUCAAGCUGAAGCCGCUCGUCGAAGGAUUCUAAGAGGGUAGGGGGGAUAGAUGCUAGCGGGUCAGUUAUGGGCGUAAUGCGCGCCGCCAUCACCAAUUAAACAGCCCUCACUUUUCUAAGGAGGUAUGCGAUCAGGAGCAUUCGGGUUCUGUUCUAAUGGCUUUCGGCCGUAGGGCAGGCAUUUUUAGAGCUCGUAUCGGUUAAUAGAAUCAUAAUCAGAGUAGAGAGAGUGCAACUACAUUAACUCAUUGUCUAGUACCGUGUAUCUAUAGUGACAAUAACUCCGAGAAAACCUUCCCUGCCUGUAGUCUAUUUCCUACAAGAGAACAGACGGCCACGACGGGUGACACGCCCAGGAUAACCAAGGCCCGGAGAACGGAAACAACCGGGCUACUGGAUAUUUGGUUGAUGGCAUCCAUAAUGUGGCCCACGCUGAUCGGGAGCCCAGACCCGGAAAACCGAAGUGACAAGCGUGACAAGGGCGGUAGGUUGCGGGGCGAAGAGCGCACGGGCUAGC